UACGCUACCUAGGUUGAGAGUAUAGGAGAUUGUCAGAUUCCUACUUUCGUAGAAGUGAUAAAACAUUGAUUGUCUUCUCCUUGAGAAUGCCCAAAGGAUAUAAGGAAACUCUUAAAGAAGAUGCUCUUUGAUAAUGCCCAAGAAUAGGUGUCAAUGUUGGCAUAUCUGCUUCUGGCUUAUCCACCUCUGCACAAUAGUGAAUCCCUCACCUUAAGUCCUCUCCCUCUCAAAAUCAUAAGACUUCAUUUCAUGUCUAAAUUUACACAUUCGGGCAUCCCCACUCCUGUACUUUGGUAAAGAUUCUCAAGUUGGAACCGGAGAAAUCAAAGCAUUACUUGAUCUAACUAAUUUCAAUUCAAGUCGAUAUCUCUAAUAUGCCAACUAAUUACGACCAAUUAAUUAAAAUUUUGCUCUAAUUUAACCUUCAUUAAUCAAUAUUUCACAAACUCGGGUGGGUAUCCAUUUCUCGCCCAAAGUUGAAUGGGCAUUACUUGAUCCCAAUCCAUCUCAGUCAGUAGGCUGCUUCUGCCCACCAUGAUUUGAAGCAUUUUAGACUAUUUAAGAUUAAUUGAUUUCUCUUGAAAUUAGGGGAUGUGUAGGCGUUAGUGAAAACACUUUAAACAUCUUGAGAUUGAUCAAGUUCUCCACUUGAUUAGAUGAUGGUUAGGCACUAGAUGGAGGUACUUUGGAUGCCUUAAGAUUGAUUGAUUUCUUCAGCUAAUUGGGUGAUAGUUGAGUGGCAACAAAAUGGACGUCAAGCGAGUUAAAAUCAAUUGAUUUAUUGCCCAAAGUAGAAAGUAAUGAUGGAACCAUGAUGAAGUAGUUGUAGUAGUCACAAUCUCUUUCAUCGUCAUUAUUAUGCUCGGAGAGGGAGGAAGCAUAAAUGAAGCAAUAUAACUUGCACUCCACCUUAAAGGAUGUUAGAAACUCAAUGGGCAGAGAAUCACCAUCAAGAGUCUUGGCUUGCAUUGACCACAAUGAUGCUAAAGAAAGAAGCAGUUAUUGGUAGAUCUCAGAGAUAAGGUUCGGGAAAGAGAUUAAGUCUUUUGGUGCUUUAAAAUGACAUAUGGAGGUCCUCAAGCAUGAGGUUUGGGGAGUAGCGAUGAGAUAGGUAGAAGAUCUCAAAGAUAAAUCUUGGAAAGGAGAUUGCAUCUCCUUACGAGAAUAAGUAGGCUUUGCUCUUGAAGGGAAGCACGUGAGAAAUAUUUCUUGUGAGGGAACCAUGAUGAGAUGUGGCAGAUGAGCAUCCACUGGUUGGUGGGCGCAGUAUGGAGAAUUGGUCAAGAUCUAUUGCAGAUUUACUAAACUAUUGAGAGACCUGAUUGAAGAAUCACGAUAAAAAUUUGAGAAGUAGUUGGUGAUGUGUUGGAGGUGUAAGUGCAUGUGGAUGUUGAUGUCUUGGAGUAAAGACUAAGGAGGAUGAAAGGAGCAGGCAUUGAUCGCAAAGCAUUAUGGAGGAAACACCGGUGAUAAUGAUGACGAGUGUGGAGAUUUUCCCAAUGAACAAACCAACUGGAUGGUGAUGUUCACACUAGUGGGUAUAAGAUAUAGUGAGAAGCGGACAUGGUUAGUAAUGUAUGGCUAGAGGAGUAAGGACCUGACUAUGGUUGUGGGAAAGAGGAGAUGAUUAUUAGGCCUAUGUAUUGGGGAAGAUAGAAAGUUAGGGAGAUGUAUCUCGUGAGAAAAUAGAAAAUAAAAGAAAGAAAAUUUUUGGAGUUGUUUUCUUAGGGAAAUACAACAUUAUAAUUGUUAAAAGACCAUUUAAACUCGUUUUAUUUGCUCCCUCUUAACACAGGCACAGCUAAACCAAGUAGCUCACUCACUGCAUGAUGUUGCUUGUGGCCAACCCUUGCUAUUGGGAGUGUUGCUUGCUGUGGAAAAGAGUGGGUACCUGAGUUGAAUGGCAUCACACAACAAUUUUGUCUAAAUGUUUUGAGCCUGAAUCGGAUGUAAAAUAGCCAGAUAAAAUGUAUAGCGUCAAGAUCUGAGGAAGAAUAUCAAGGUUUUCUUCUCAAUCAUCAAUCCAAAUGCUGAAGUUGUUGGCUGUGAUUUGGAUUCAUGAUUUGUAAAUGUUUUUUGUUAUAAGAGUAGCUGCUGGUCUUGUUGUUUUGCUCUGACUUACUGGUACCAUAUAAAAUAGCUAAGACGGGUGCUCUCUGUUGUGUGGCCGCUGGGCCACAUGGACCAAAAUCUAAUACUUCUGGAAGAGAUUGCUCCAUGGAUCCAAGUGAACCUCAUUGGCGAACCAAUUCAAGCUACUCACCUUAUUUAUCAAGGAGAUGGGACUGCAGUUCUCAGUCAGAUGAACUAUCAAAUAGAGUUCAUGAAGCUCCUCUGACUGGGUCUUCAGUGUCUCUGCAUAGUAAAAGUGGCAGACAAACUAGGAAUAAUGACCUAAUUCAUCACCAUUCUGUGUCUGAUGGGGCACUAUCUUAUUCAGGGAGCCCAUCUGACUAUCUUCAAGCACGACGCUGGAUACCGUGUGUGCAUAGAUAUGAUCUUGGGGAAUUUUCUACACCUUCAGGAGGUGCAAGGCCUGAAGCUUCCUUUUUCUCUAGGGGAAGUGAGGGAUGCGUUGCUGUAGCAAAUGGUAUUGGUUCUCCAUUUUCUCCAUUAGAAUCUAGUAGAUGGGCAUCCACUAGCAAGCAGCCCCGCCAUCUUUCAAACAGACGAUCAUUCAUGUCAAAGCCUAUUUAUCCACUUAUGUUCCAGAAUCCUGUCUCAGAUUCUGAUAUCCCUAGAAUGGCUGAAGCAAGUACUAGUGGUGUGAGAAUGCAUCAUGAGAAUAGUGGGGCUUCACCUAUGUGGGCCAAGAGAACAUUGAGUCCUGAACUCAAGUUCUGUAGAGCUCUAACUGAACUUCGGAAGAUGGAGGCUUCUCCAGAUCUCAGCAUGAGUUCAAGGAGGGAAGGACUCAGAUGGAGUUACUCAAGCAGCUAUGAUUUCAGGUUUGAUGGAGAUUCUGUUGAUAUCACAGAAGCCAUUGAUAUUGAGAACCAGAGAUGCCCUAGUAACACAACAAGAUACCAGAGAUGCGAGAUUUGCAAGAGGUUAUUGCGUCAAAAGUCUCCAUGGAGUUCUAACCGAAUAGUCAGAAGCACUGAUAUGCCAGUUACUGGCAUUCUCCCUUGUCACCAUGUUUUCCAUGCUGAUUGUUUGGAAGAGACCACUCCGAAGAGUCAAAUUAAUGAACCUCCAUGCCCCGUGUGUCCAAAAUCUCUCAGACAAGAAAAACAGACAUCAUUUUCAGAGCAUGCCCAUGUGGCUUUCAAGUCUGCUAGCAGCAAGGGUCAAGGUGCAACAGUGACCAGUGGAUCAGACACUAGUAGAAGCUUGAACCCUCAUCAGAUGGAGGAUGACAUGAGGAGAAACAGUUCACUGGCAGAGCCACACCACAGUAGUUCGUCGACUAAGAAACACAUCAAAAAGCGUUUAUCUUUCAAAGGCAAGAUAGGAAAGGAUCUCUUGGGGGCCAAAAUGUUCUGGGCCAGCAAUUGACAAAAUCAUUGAGUGCCCGGUCAGUGUCCCAUUUCUACAAUGGGUUUGUAAUAGUUGGCCUUGUAUAUCAUCAGUGUUGGCCCUUUUAGUGUCUGAAAACUUAAGAUAAUAAUUACACAUUCCAAAACAGAUCAUGUCACCUUUCACUGUGCCGACUUGGCUAUGGAACAUUUCGUGAACUUCUACAUCCAACA